GUGGGAGUGGGAGUGGGAGUGGGAGUGGGAGUGGGGGGUGGCCGGGCAAGGUGCUCAAUUCUGAGCACGGAGCGGAGGGUCAGGAACACGAUGGGACUGACAAUGGCGACAAGGAUGGCGUCGCCGACGCCGCGGGCCCGGCAUACAGCAUCCCGCAGGACGUUGUUUCCGGGGCGGUGAUUAUGCCGCAUCUCGGCAACGCGACGGCCAAAGCCGAGCUUGGGCGCGCGGCGUGGCGCGUGCUGCAUCUCAUGACGUUGCGGUAUCCCGAGAACCCCACGCCAGACGACCGCGCAGCGCUCAAGUCCUUCUUCUACCUCUUCUCGCGGCUGUACCCGUGCGGCGAGUGUGCCGAGCACUUCCAGAAGAUGCUCAAGACGUAUCCGCCGCAGACGUCGUCGCGUAAGGCCGCGUCGAUGUGGUUGUGUUCGGUGCACAACCUUGUGAAUGAGCGGCUGCACAAGCCCGAGUUUGACUGCUUGACGCUCAACGAUGUGUAUGAUUGCGGGUGUAAUGACACGAGCAGUGCGGCGCCGCGGGCGGGCGCGACGGCGCGGCUUGGCGCAGGCGCCGAGUCCGAGUGAUCUGUUGUACGCAUGUAUACAUCUCUCAGUG